GUGUUCCGGUGACGACAUCAACCCGCGCCACCAAUCUCAAACUUUUGCUGUGUAAUCUGUACAGCCGAGGUUAAGAGACGUCUGAUAUCUCUGAUUUUGUACGAAUCGUUCAGUUCGCAUCUGUUUCCCAGGAUGGAAUAUUUAAUUGGCAUACAGGGACCCGAUUUCGUCCUCGUCGCCGCCGACAAUGUGGCAGCCAACAGCAUCCUUCAGAUGAAACACGACGCCGACAAGAUGUUCAAACUGAGCGAGAAGAUCCUGCUGCUGUGUGUUGGAGAAGCGGGGGACACAGCCCAGUUUGCAGAGUACAUCCAGAAAAACGUUCAGCUCUACAAAAUGAGGAAUGGUUAUGAACUCAGUCCAUCAGCAGCAGCCAACUUCACACGAAAGAACCUUGCAGACUACCUUCGGAGCAGGACUCCCUACCACGUGAAUCUGUUGCUGGCGGGCUACGACGACACAGACGGGCCCGGCCUCUACUACAUGGACUACCUGUCCGCCCUGGCCAAGGCCCCCUUCGCCGCCCACGGCUACGGGGCCUUCCUCACUCUCUCCAUUCUCGACCAGCACUACAGACCAGAUCUGACCCGAGAUGAGGCCGUGGAUCUGCUGAAGAAGUGCAUUGAGGAACUGAGGAAACGCUUCAUCCUGAACCUCCCCUCCUUCACCGUCCGAGUGAUUGACAAGGAGGGCAUCCAUGACCUGGAGACGCUCACCUCCGGCCCAAAGUGACCGCUCACUGCUUAACUACCAACCCUCACGCCCUCGUUUCUUUACCCUUUUUUUUUUUUUUUUGUACCAUUGACCUCCUUGCUCUUUCUGUUCCAAUAAAAAGUGACACACAGUUGA